GUCAGUUGCUUCCAACUAUUAGUGGGGGGGGCUUUUUGGGGAACUGCAAUUAAAUUCUUCGCAUAUAAAUAUUCGGAGGUUUGCCACAAAUGAACUAUACUCACUUUAGAUCUUUAAGAUUUAACAACUACUUCUAGGAAAGCAUCUACAACCAACCCAAGCCCAACAAAAAUGUUCAAAUUUUUCGUAGUGUCUGUUGCCAUUUGCGGUCUUGCCAUGGCUGCCGAUUACCAGGCCGAGGUACGCAGCUACGUUAAUGAAAUCAAGGGGGACGGUAGCUACAAUUAUCAAUUCGAUACCACCAACGGCAUCGCCCAACAGGAAUCGGGUGUUGGUGGCCACUACGCCACCGGCUCGUCCCAAUUCUACACCCCCGAGGGAGAAUUGAUUCAAUUAACCUACACUGCCGAUGCUAAUGGCUUCCAACCUCAAGGUGCUCAUUUGCCCACACCCCCACCAAUCCCAGAAGCCAUCCUCAAGUCUUUGGAAUACAUCCGCACCCAUCCCUACCACGAGGAAGAGCACCAGGAACAAUAUCGCCAUCAAGCCGCCGCUGCUGCCAAGCAACAACAACAAGGUCCCUACCGUAAAUUCUAAUGGAACGAUGUAACAAUUGGACGUGAUUGCGAUACUGUGAUGCCAUUUCUCUCCUUCAAUCGCAACACAAUUUGUUGUUAUCAGUUUCAUCUUUGCCUUUGUUACCAUCAUCAACCGUCGCCUCCUUCUCCUUCUUCUCACAUCGCUCAUUGGAAUUCAAUGGUGGAUUCAUUUAUUGUUGACUAUUAGUAAUUCAGUUGAUUCGUUCGCGCUUUUUUACGUUGGCAGAACAACAGUGAAAAAUU